CUUCGCCUUUUUUCUUAAAAAUUCAAAAUUUUCAGUUCACAUUCCUCUCUUCUUCUUCUUGACUUUGACUUUUUAGUGUUAUUGUGUUAAUCUGCUACCCCUUUGGUUGAAGAUUAUGUUUAGGCUCACGUAGUAUGUUUUCUUGCGAUAUUAUUGACAUAGGACGUUUUCAAGGUUUUGUUGCUAUUAUAGUUCUUGUCUAGAUUUAUUGAACCUCCAAAAGUAUCAUUUUUUUCUGUUGAAUUUCGGUAUUCAUGUAUUUUAGGGAUGUGAUGAUUGUGUAACCUUGCAUUCUUGAAUUUCGACCCUCUUUCAUUUGAAGGAAAACUUAAAGGGUAGUGGAUCAAUUUCAGUUUUCAACCGCUUUUUGGUGCAACAAAAUGGAGAGAACGAAGAAGUAUAGGCAAGUGAGCCCAGAACGGGCCAAAGUGUGGAAAGAAAAAUCGCCCAAGUAUCAAUACAAUCAUCACUGCGAACAGCAGAGCCAGAAGGUAGCCGUAAUUUACUAUCUAUCUCGAAAUCGACAGCUCGAGCAUCCCCACUUCAUGGAGGUCCCCCUGUCCUCUCCCGAUGGCCUUUACCUGAGAGAUGUCAUUGAGAGGCUUAAUGCUUUGAGAGGCCGAGGCAUGGCUUCGAUGUACUCCUGGUCCUGCAAGAGGAGUUACAAGAAUGGAUAUGUAUGGCAUGAUCUGUGCAAUGAUGAUUUGAUCCUACCUGCUCACAGGAAUGGGUAUAUCCUCAAGGGCUCAGAGCUCUUUGAAGAUUCCAAUUCUGGUAACUUUAGUCCUGCUGAGACGGUCAUAUUACAUAAUCAGAAGGCACUUCCAGAACCACCAUCUUCAAGAAGCCAAGAGGAGUCGUCAUCUUCUUCUAGCUUGAAUGACAGGACUACAAAGACUUCUCAGGAUGAUGAAUUAUCUCCUCCGGACCAGCGCCCUUGCUCCUCAUCCGUGUCUCCUGAGUGCAGCACGGAGAAGAAUUCAUCAUGGAAUGGCUCUUUGAGCUUGGCCGAGUAUAAAGUCUACAAGAGUGAUGGUCUUGCUGAUGCUUCCACACAAACCGAGGACAAUACUAACAGAGGUGCUAGAGCCCGAGAUACUUGUAUGAGAGGUGUGUCCACUGAUGAUGGAUUAGCAGAGCCUGAAAGUAGUGGUGCUCGUCCUAGCCAAGCUCCUUGCUUGAAAGCUACUCCAGAGAUCUGCCGAGACUUUGUUUCACCACCUCCUUCUACAUCCAGUGUUUCUUCAUCAUGUGGCAGGACCGAUAGCUUGGAAUCUCUCAUUAGAGCUGAUGCUAGGAAGCUCAACAGCUUUAGGAUACUUGAAGAAGAGGAAUUUCGAGUGCCAUCCCAUUCUAAAUUAAAGGCUUCGAAUAUGAUAAUGCAACUGAUAUCUUGUGGUUCAAUAUCAGUCAAAGAUCACAGCUUUGGCCUAAUCCCGACCUACAAACCAAGGUUCUCACACUCCAAAUUCCCAUCCCCGUUGUUCUCAACGUCGUUAAUGUUGGGAGAGCUUGAUUGCCUGGCAGAAAAUCCUCGUCUUAUGGGCAUGACUUUGGAGGACAAAGAGUACUUCAGUGGGAGUUUGUUAGAAAGGAAUAUGGUGAAGGAAGGGGCACCCAAAUUAAAAAGAUCAUCUUCGUUUAAUGCAGACCGAAGUACCGAGCAGCUUGACUCUACUGAAGACAAAGAAUUGGGAGGUUCAACGCGCACAAAGUGCAUCCCGAGAUCAAUUAAAGUCGCUUUAAGCAAGCAGUCAAGAUGUGAAUCAAUGCGGUCCCCUGUUUCCGAGGGACCAAGAAUCUCAUCUGACAGAGUGGGAAGUUCACGAACGUCCACACCUGCCUCUUCCAUUGGCGGGAGCAAAAGACUUACUGAGCCACUCUCAGGGAAAAAUUUAUUGAACAAACUAGAUUCUUCGAGAAAUCUGAACGAGAAUGUGAUCCAAAUUGAAGAAAGGCUUACUUCAGGAGCUCGGGUUAUAAUUCAUUCGAAAGUAUGUUCUGACGUUGAUGGUAACUCAUAGUGGACAUGUACGAGAGUAAGGAGAUUGAAGAAUUUACAUACUACUAUUUCUCUGAAGGAAUUAUUCAUGUUGAUAAAUGAAUGGCUGAAGCCUUUUGAGGUGGCUCUUCAUCUACUACAUAAGCAAUUUUGUUUCCUUUGAAAUGUUUUUGAGUUAAGUUAUACUGAAUCUUCGACACUACGUAGUGUCGUUCUUGCUGUAAGAGAGUUAGUAUAGCCGUGUAGGAGUAUCAGACAUGCCAGGAUGGUGAGAGAAAAUUCAGCUUGCGUUAUUAGUUUACAAUUAUCUUUGUUCUA